CUCCUCUCUUCCAUAAUCCACUCCCACACACAGUCAUGUCCCUCCUCCGCAGAACCUUCUUCCCUCUCCUCCCUCUCCGCUCUAAACCCCUCCCUCUUCUCUCCCACACCCUCCUCUUCCUUAAACCCUCUCUCUCUAAACCCCUCCCCAACCACACCUCCAUUCUCUCCUCCCCAAUUUCAUCUUCAGCUUCACCUUCUUCCACAACCCCACCUCCCCCAGAAACCCUCACUCCCAAACCCCCAUCUCCCCUCCUCUGGGUCCCCCGCACCGCCUUCUGCGGCCAACUCUCCGCCGAUGACGUCGGCAAACGCUUCACCCUCUGCGGCUGGGUCGCCCUCCACCGCGUCCACGGCGGCCUCACUUUCCUCAACCUCAGGGACCACACCGGCUCCGUCCAGGUCACCACUCUCCCCGACGCUUUUCCCGAGGCGCAUUCCGCCGUAAACGACCUGAGGCUCGAGUACGUCGUCGCCGUUGAAGGCCUCGUCCGGUCUAGACCGCCCGACUCCGUCAACAAGAAAAUGAAAACCGGCUCAAUUGAGAUUGCGGCGGAGAAUGUUCAAGUGUUGAAUGCAGUGAGGGCAAAGCUGCCAUUUUUAGUUACUACUGUGGAGGAUGCAAAGGAUUCGGUGAAGGAGGAGAUUCGGUUAAGGUACCGGUGUCUUGACUUACGCCGGCAGCAAAUGCAAUCCAACAUAAUGCUGCGGCACAAGGUGGUGAAACUGAUGAGAAGGUAUCUAGAGGAUGUGCAUGAUUUCGUGGAGGUUGAGACUCCAAUACUCUCUAGAUCUACACCCGAAGGAGCCCGAGAUUAUUUAGUACCCUCGAGAGUUCAGCCAGGGACAUUUUAUGCUUUGCCUCAAAGUCCGCAACUAUUCAAGCAAAUGUUGAUGGUUUCUGGUUUUGAUAAGUAUUAUCAGAUAGCAAGAUGUUUUCGAGAUGAAGAUUUACGAGCUGAUAGGCAGCCUGAGUUUACACAGCUUGAUAUGGAGCUCGCUUUCACUCCUUUAGAGGACAUGCUGAGGCUUAAUGAAGAUUUGAUUAGAAAGGUUUUCUUAGAGAUCAAAGGUGUACAUCUCCCAAACCCUUUUCCUAGGCUUACGUAUGCUGAAGCAAUGAGUCGAUAUGGUUCGGACAGGCCAGAUAUUAGAUUCGAUCUUGAGCUGAAAGAUGUAUCUGAUAUUUUCUCAGAUUCCACAUUCAGGGUUUUUGCUGAUGCUUUGACAAGUGGAGGAAUUAUAAAAGUUUUAUGUGUGCCUUCUGGAGCUAAAAGAUAUUCGAACACAGCUCUAAAGAAGGGAGAAAUUUAUAAUCAAGCAAUCAAGUCUGGAGCGAAGGGUUUGCCUUUCCUGAAGGUCUUGGAUGAUGGUGGAGUUGAGGGAAUUCCUGCAUUAACAUCUAGUUUGGAUCAAACAAAGAUAGAGCAAUUUCUGAGUCGUUGCUCUGCUAGAACAGGGGAUCUGAUCUUGUUUGCAGUGGGUCAUCAGGCAUCAGUUCAUAGAACCCUAGAUCGAUUACGGGUCUUUGUUGCCCAUGAGCUUGAUUUGAUUGAUGAUUCCAGGCAUUCAGUUCUGUGGGUGACUGAUUUCCCAAUGUUUGAAUGGAAUGAUUUAGAGCAAAGGCUCGAGGCCUUGCACCACCCCUUCACUGCCCCGAACCCUGAAGACAUAAAUGAUCUUUCUACAGCUCGUGCUUUAGCGUAUGACAUGGUUUACAAUGGAGUUGAGAUUGGUGGCGGAAGUCUGAGAAUUUAUAAACGUGAGGUGCAGCAAAAGGUUUUGGAAAUUGUUGGCAUCUCCCCUGAAGAGGCUGAAGUGAAGUUUGGCUAUCUUCUUGAGGCAUUAGACAUGGGUGCCCCUCCACAUGGAGGAAUCGCCUAUGGCUUGGAUAGAUUGGUCAUGUUGUUGGCCGGUGCUAGUUCCAUUAGGGAUGUCAUAGCUUUCCCUAAAACUACAACCGCACAAUGUGCCCUUACCAGAUCACCGUCUGAGGUGGAUCCCCAGCAGCUAAAGGAUUUGUCAUUUCAGACUCGUUAGAAGACUACAAUCAUCUUCAAUUAUCCGAGGAAGCUCAGUUUUGAUGGUCCAGGGUACUAGUAUUGUUUGGUCUUUCCUUUUUGAUGUCAUAGCUACGGAAACCAUAGCGACUAAUUUCUUCUCGGUAAUACUGCUUGUACUAUAAUGAUCCAUGAUCGAGAUCCUCAGCUUGUGGCAUACGGACAAGCUCACUUGUAACCAUACCUAAUGUUAUUGACGAAGCAAAACGCAAUAAUUAUUUGUCUGAAGAAUAAUAGUGUUGAUUGAUGACUCUUUUUUGCUUC